AUGGCCGAACCACCCAUUGUCACCACAGUUCUCGAUGGAGGGACCGGGUUCCUCAAGGUCGGCUAUGCCGGUCAGAACUUCCCUGAACACCAAUACCCCUCCAUAGUCGGCCGGCCGAUCCUCCGUUCCGAAGAGCGAGCAGGCGACAUUGUGGUCAAGGACAUCAUGUGCGGAGAUGAAGCCGCCGCUGCAAGAUCCAUGCUACAAAUCAGUUAUCCUAUGGAGAACGGCAUUGUGAAGAAAUGGGACGACAUGCAACACCUCUGGGACUUUACCUUCUACGAGAAACUCCGGAUCGACCCGUCUGGGCGCAAGAUCCUGCUGACCGAACCGCCGAUGAACCCGCUCAAGAACCGCGAGCAGAUGUGCGAGGUCAUGUUCGAGAGAUACAACUUUGGCGGAGUCUACGUGGCCAUCCAGGCCGUGCUGGCCCUGUACGCCCAAGGCCUGUCCUCGGGCGUGGUGGUCGAUUCCGGCGACGGCGUGACCCAUAUCGUCCCCGUCUACGAGUCGACGGUCCUCAACCACCUCACGCGCCGUCUCGACGUCGCCGGCCGCGACGUCACCCGCAACCUGAUCGCCCUGCUCCUGCGCCGAGGCUACGCGCUCAACCGGACGGCCGAUUUCGAAACCGUCCGCCAGAUCAAGGAGAAACUGUGCUAUGUCUCCUACGAUCUGGGCCUCGACCAGCGCUUGUCCGAAGACACCACCGUCCUGGUGGAAUCAUACACGCUCCCCGACGGCCGCGUCAUCCGCGUCGGCAGCGAACGUUUCGAGGCCCCCGAAUGUCUUUUCCAGCCGCAUCUAGUGGACGUCGAACAGCCAGGCAUUGCCGAGUUUCUGUUCAACACCAUCCAGGCCGCCGACGUGGAUGUGCGCUCGUCGCUGUACAAGGCCAUCGUCCUUUCCGGCGGCAGCAGCAUGUACCCCGGUCUCCCGUCGCGGCUGGAGAAGGAGCUGAAGCAGUUGUGGCUGACGCGCGUGCUGGGCGGCAACCCGGAACGCCUGAAUAAAUUCAAAGUCCGCAUCGAAGAUCCCCCCCGCCGGCGCCACAUGGUGUUUUUGGGCGGCGCCGUCCUCGCCAAUAUCAUGGCAGACAAGGAGAACAUGUGGAUUUCCAAGCAAGAGUGGCAGGAACAGGGGCCGAGAAUCCUGGAGAAGUUGGGGCCCAGGUAA